UAACGCACGAAUACACGCUCAAGCUUGAAGUAUAUGUAUUUGUGUUUUACUCUCUGUGUUAUGUGUACGCGAAUAUCGUGAUUUAGCUCUAAGCGUAAACUAGUGUACGAGUGAGUUGACACUAGAUAGUACGCCUCGUCUUUAUUUUUUAUUUUUAUACUUGUUUUAUUUGUAAGAAUGAAUCGUUGACGAACAUCCGAUGUUCGAAACCGUGUGGCGUCGACAGAAUUUUUCAUCUUCAAUAACAGUGUGUGCCCUUUUUUUAAAUACAUAAGUAUAUAUUAAACAUACUAAGAGUAUCCUAACCUGGAUAACUUCUGAAAUUUUAUAUUUUUGUAUCAAAAUAUAACAAAUGUGCCAAUGGUUAAAACCAUCUUAUGAAUUUAAAGAAAUGUUAAGCUGUAACUUGGUAGAUAAUUUGUGAACUUUUAAUAUGGUCUGGCAUCUGGGAAGCUGCAAUGAUUUUUAAACUGUCAGUUGAGUGAAAAAAAAUGUUUUUAUCAGUGACUGAUUAUCAAUAAUUUCUCAUGAAUCUUAAAUGUUUUGGUUAUUCAUCCUCUGUGCUAUGCUAGAUCAGAUAAUAUUUUUUUACUCAUUGUCAAAGUAAUUUUAUAAUGACAAACUAGAGCUUGAUGCGAUGAAAUCAAUUGGAUGAUUGAUACUUCUCACCAGAAUAUGCUGGUGAUGGCCACUGGAACAGAAAAUGCUGGAGCAACUGCUGCAGGUCCAUCUAAAGAUGAAUCUCAUGCCCAAAGGCUGCAAUAUCUACAACAACGAAGAGAUGCUUUGCAGGAAAAGUUGACCCAAAAAAAUAGUGAACUAAAAAAGCUUUGUAUCGAAGAAGCUGAACUGACUGGUGUUUUACCUCCUGAAAUUCCUUUAGAACCUGGUGAGAGUCCACCAACUUUCAGCAAAAGAGUUGGAACUAACAACAUCAAUCAUUCACAAAAACUUAUUAACAAACUCAAAACAGCAGGAGGGCCUGAGGAAUCAAAACUAGAAUUACAAAAACAAAUUCAAAUAGAUAUAGCAGAAUCUGCUCUUGCUGCUUUAAACGACCCAACAGAAACUAAAGUUGCAAGGCGCAAGCAUAGACUCCAAUAUCAGCAAAGCCAAAAGAAAUUACAAGAAAUCAAUGCUCAGCUUAAUUUUGUUAGGCAAAGUCAUGGAGGUAUUUCAAAGUAUGGACAUUCUUCACACUCUUCCCAUUCUAGUUUGCAUGUACAGCCUAUGGCCAAACAUCGAUCCAAGAAACCUCGACCCCCAUUAGAAAGUUCAGAUUCAAGUCCAAAAAUAGAGUCCCAUAGUUUUCUUCAAAAUCCUGGUGUGAGUCUCAGUCCUGUCAGUGGGAGUGAAUGCCAAAGCCCCAACUUCACUUCUUAUGAAUUACAAGAUCUCCAACAAUCUUAUCUUCCUGGUUUAAGUACCUCAAAUCGAGCAACAUAUCAUGCACCUAGUCCAGUUGAAGAGCAAAGACUUAAUAAUCAAAACAACAAUUCUGGAUAUCGAACACGCUCGCUUUCUCAGGCUCGUUUUUACCCUGAACGCCCAUACAGGCAUAUGCCAAAUACAUUUACAGAAGAAGAAAGGCAAAUGCAUUAUAGGCAAUUAAAAAUGAGACGGGAAGCUGAGGAAGUAAUGCGGACUCAACAGAAAUACCAAGAUAGCGAUGGUAAUAAUCGUCGAUCAGCGCAACUCUCGUAUUAUGAAAGUGAUUUUAGUACUAGAAGUUAUGAGAGACAUACUGUGCAUGAUUACCCUUUACCAUAUAAUCAAGGUCAUAAAUCAAAACCAGUGUUACACACUCGCGAUAGCGUGGACAAUUCGACGCCACCAUUGACGUCAUCUUCAAUGGACUCAAAGUCAAAAACUGCAGCAGAAAUGCCUGACGGUUACUGGAUGCGAUUAAACGGCGAACUAGUUUGGUGUUCGUCCGAUGUUAGCGAAAUGAGAAAAAGGCAAUCACCUGUAUCAAAUAGUUCGGCCUUAACAGCCGAUAAUCGCUUUGGUAGUCUAGACCGACGGAAGCAAGCUCUGUCUCAUCAUCAGCACUCUCCUGCUGGUGAUAGUCAGUCUCGCUAUCACACCGUAGCGAUUGGUCCGAAAAAUCCAGUCGCUACUCAUUCUCGGCCAUAUCCAAUACCGCAGCCAAAAGUUCCCACGCCAGACAACAAUCCAAAAACAACGAUACCAUCUGCUAGUCGCAUGUUACUUCGUACCCAGUCAUUAGGUAGCGUUGAAAAUUGGCAGAGCCCACCAAACGGUGUUUCAAAUACUGAGGACGAUAGGGCUACUCCAACAACACCCAGUAGUCCAGCUCCAAAAUUGAAAGAAAAAGAAUGGUACGAAACGUCGCUAGACAGUUCCUCGCCACCGCCACCGCCGUCGCGUGCACCUGCACCUGCGGUACUCAGGCGGCACAAUCCUCCGUUGAAGGAGCGCGCGCCUGUUCGAAGCAAUUCUAUACCGGCCAAUCGUAGGCCCAAGGAGUUGAUACUGGACGAGGCACCCGAACUCCCUCCACAGAGGCCAUUGCCCCCAGUUCCGGUUUCUAGAUAUUCCACAGAAUUCAGAGUUAAAGAAAUACCAGCGGAAUCCAAGCCUUCACCUGGAUCUCAGGAAAAUAACAGUACCAAUAAUGUUGAAACAACGAUGCUAUCGUUAAACUCUCCGACGACUCCGGGUACAAUUGUCCAGCCAGGAAAGUACCAGCCGUACCGCGAAGUUACGAAGCCAUUCGAAAUGUCUGAUUUUUACAAGUAUUCGACGAAAUUUCGCAAACAAACAGCUUCAACGAUUCCAUCAUCGGCGGAGCAACAGCAGCAGUCUCAAUCGCCGCAACCACCUAAAGACCAACCACGGAAUCAUCCCUCAUCGAUACAACGAAACAGUACGUGCCCAUCGUACGUACUGAGAUAAUAACUAUUUUUUAAUAUGUGGAAAAAUCAUUUGAUAUUAUUCAAAUUAUUUUGCUAUUAAGGUAACUUUUACAAUGUAGAAGUGUAUAUUAUAUUGCGUGAAUCAUUCGGUUUCAACGAAAGAACACGAUUUUAUGUAAGAAAUGAAUUUCAGCAUCCAGGCAAAUGUUGUUGUUCAAAAAUUGUACAAAUAAUAAUUACGUUACGUAUUGUUUAGUAAAUGAUAGUAAACGAAUAAGGGAUGCUUAAAAUUUUCGCGUUGAAACCAUUUUACGUUUGACAAUAAAUACGGUUCAGUUGGACAAGCAAACCAAGAAUACUGAUUUUUAAAAAUUAUAAGUGAUAGUCACUGACCAUAAUAAAUCAAAACGAAUGAAACAUUCGUUUCUUAUGUAUAGUGUAGAUUUUACAUUUUGUAACUUUUCCAAUGUAAUUGAUAAACUACAGUCACUGCCACCAUAAUAAAAUAUCGUUUGUAAAUUAUUUUCUAAUUGACAAUUGUGGCCUUAAGUCAUAUCAUUAACGAUAUAAAUAAUUAUAACGUCGAUAUAAUGUAAGUACGAAUUAAAGAUAUAAACGAUAGCAUAAUAAUGAAAGUUUAUAAAACUUUUACGGCACCGUUAAAGGCCAAAGAUUUGUCAAGAAAAUUGCAUGCACUCAUUCAGAAUGAUUGAAAUAUAUUUUAUAUCUGUAAAAUAAAUGAUUUUUUGAAUGGAUAUUCUGAAGUUGCGAUAUGGUAUUAUUUAAUAGUAGGUCUCUAAAUGUAUUUUUCCAUCAUCUUAUAAUAUUCAGUGCCUUACAAGAAGUUGAAAAUUGAAUGUGACAACUGAAAUUCAUUUUGUAUAAUCAAAUCAAAUACUGCUGAACAGUAUUUGAAAAUGAAAAAAAACUACUCAAUUUAUCGUAGAUAAUACAAAUUACUUUAUUUUUUUAAUGACAAAAAAAAAUAUAUGUUAUCGUAAAAAACAGAUCUUAUGCCAAA